AUGGCGGGUGAGGCCGGGGACAUUCCAAACUGCAUGUUGGCAGGCUCUCCAAGCGAUGAGGAAACACCAUUUGGACAGAGUCGCAACUCACCUGCAUACCAUUGGCAGAGCAUUGGCUGGGGAUCAGGGAUCAUUUUACUGCGACAAGCCGAGGUGACGGGCAUUGUUCGGACUCCUGUUGCUGGCGGGGUUGGCAGCAAUGCAAAUAUUCUCAUAGGGACCUUGGUCUUUGUGGUCCUAGAAAAGAUCAGAUUUGAUGCCAAGGGUAAAGCUGAGGUCCUGGCCAAAGCUCCUGAUGUGAGAUUCCAAUCCAUUGAUGCUAAGCUAUCCAAUGCCUUGAGGAAAGUCAUUGACAAUGCUGGGGACAAGUCCAUGCAAGUGAAGUAUGAAAUGUCCAUGAAGAACCAAUUGUAUGGGAGAAGUGGGGACUUCAUCAAGGGACGAGAGCUAUUUGCAAUGAUAUUGAUCAGCUUCAAGUCACCUGAUCACACUGAAGUUCUCUACAAUGCCCAUCAUUUGUAUCUGUUCAACUACUAUGGAGAUGACCAGCUUGAGGCAUUCUACAACAAAUGGCUUGACAUCGUAUAUAACAUGAAACAUGAUGAUCUGCCUUCUGCAAACUCCCUGCGUGACACAUUGUUCCGUAAGAUUGAACACUCAAAGCUUAUGUCUUUUGAUAUCAACCGAUACCGUACCUACGAUGAAGGGCAUCCUGAAAAGACCUACGAAUCCCUGAUUGGCAUGAUCAAAGGAUACAUAGCAAGAGGGAAGCAAGAACGACUGUUGAAAGAUAGAGAACGUGCAGUGAAACUGUCAUUGUCCUCUAACAAGACGACGCCUGCCUUAGAAGAUGCAGACAAGCCUGCCGCUCCCGUCAAGACCAAGAAGGAGAAUGAAGCAGCUGCAUCGUCUACAGGUGAUCCUCCCAAACGGCCCAAGGCGAAAGCGAAGAGUGAUAUCUUCGACAAAGACAAAGAUCCAGAAGAGAUGACCCUCCAGGAAUUGAUCGACGCCCAACCAGACCAUUGGAAGAAGGGCAAAGCUGGAGCCGAGAAGAAGAAGUUGGAAAAGAAAGAGGCCGAUGACAAAGCCAAAAGAUUGGUCGAGGAGAAGAAGAAGAAGGCAACGAAGAAGGAGAAGAAAGAUUCAAAGAAAGACAAAGACGAGCCAAAGUCCAAGGACGAUGAAGGCAGAGGUGCGUACUUCAUUGUGGUGGACACUCGAAACUUGGAGGUGGACCAAAGCUACCGCGUUUGCCUUGACAUUGAUGGAAUCGCUGGCGAGGAGUUUCAACCCGGAGACGCCGGCUAUGUCGUUGUGAAACCAGACACCACGGCUCCUUUGGUCUUUGGUAAUGGCAGCUUUAACGCCAGUGCCAUCAAUGGCAGUGAGGCUUGGUGCGGCAGAGAUAUCCCCUAUGGAGCUGAUGGAGCUCCGGAUCUCUGUGUGAUUGUGUGGAGUUCCGUGUGGCAGAUGCCGAGUCCCAAAGGUAAAAUCAGCGAUCAGAAUGCGUGCCGCAAGUUCACGGAGCAGCUGGUCUCAGCUGGCGCAACUGAACUUGGAACCAAGUGCUCCAUUGCACGGAAACCCAGUUGCAUGAGGGAUGAACUGAAGGCCUGGCCCAAACGGCCCAUUCGGGUGUGGUGGAUGGCCAAGAUCAACUUGGCUGGACAUGAGCUGGGAGAUUGUGCUGUGAGAGCUCUAGUCGAGGCAUGGGUGCGGCAUGGGGCGGCUAUGGGUAAGCUCAAUGACGACCAAAAGGGCGAUUGUAGGGAUCUGCAACGUUUGGACUUACGCGCUGGACUGCGUGGCAACGAGGCGGCCUGGAGCUCUUGGGCUCGACGCUUGGAUCGUCUGGCAGCUGAGAUCUGGAGCUCGCGGUUGAGGCCGUUGAAGCCUCUGCGCGUUGGCCAAGUCGGCGGAACCAUAGGUGUGUCACUCAGCGCAUGCUCUGCUGUGGCAGCGGCGUCCUUGCAGAGGUUCUUGCGGCUUCCAGAGCGCUACUUCAAGGUCAGUAAGACGAAGCACACGGUGGAGAAACCUCUGGGCCAAAGCCGUGCACGGCGUUUGCUAAUGUUGGAGAAUGCUGCAGCACUUGGCGAUAGAUCCUGGCUUGAGCUCCUUGUGGAGGCUGGUGUGGAUCUCGAUGCUCGAAAUCUCUUUGGACAAACAGCUCUUUUUAUUGCUUCAUGGUUCGGCCACGCCGCAGUGGUGCGACAGCUUCUAGGCCUCGGCGCCUCGCGCGGCGUGGAUGCGGCGGGCACCAGCUGCGUGGAGGUCGCAGUGCAGGAAGGGCACCAGGAGGUGCUCAAGCUGCUGGGGGUCCAGGGUCAACAACCGUUACCACGUGAAUCACACGUGGUCGAGGGGGCAGAAGCUCUUCUAUUGCCAGUCAACAGUUGGCUCUUCCCGGCCAGUUUUUCGGAACGCUUCCUUUUGUCCUUGGACGCGCUGGCGGAAAAGCUGCCUGUUCCGGAGAUGGAGAUUGGUCGCCGCGCAGCGGAGCGGCUGUUCUUCUGCCGAAACGAUGUGAGAAGAGCCUUGAUGGAGUUGCUGGAAAAACACUUCCCCGGAGAGGUUUGGGUAUCCCCAUGGCUCCGCUUUCUGAGAUAUCGGAACCCUGGAAUGCCUCUGGCUCCACAUGUGGAUUAUCAGUGGCUCCCAGGUUACAUCUCAGCGGAGUUUCCUGGCUAUUCACCGCCUGGUCGUGUCACUUCGCAUAGCUUGCUUCUCUACCUGACUGAUUGCCAUGCUGGAGGAGAGACGCAAUUGCUGGAAAGUCAAGGAACAUCGGCGCGGGUUGUGGCUAGCGUCAGUUCCAGGCGCGGGAGGGUGUUGCUCUUCCCACAUGAUGUACUUCACGAAGGAACCGCACUGGAACGCCUGCCCAAAGUGAUGCUCCGUGCAGAUGUCAGCCUACCAUCGCAAGGGAUAAAAAUGCGCACUAUCGAGUUGUACAAGAACCGCUUGAGUGACGUCUCUGCUCAAGUCCUUUGGCGGCUUCCCUUCGGUGGUGCCUCCACCCUCACUUCCGGGUUCAGCUGCCAGCCAUUUUCCCAAUUGGGAGACUGCAAAAGCAAGGGUGACGACCGUUCCAAUUGUCUCACCAAGACGCUUAGGCGUCACAGGUCGUGGUGGGUUUUGUCUUCUCCUGAAGUCGGUCCUGUCCACUUGCAUGAUUGGGUCCAAUUGUCCUGUGUCAACAUGGUCCAGCAUGUCAUUCCUGAAAUCCGGCCCUGGCAUGUGGACGAUGAGAUGAAGCUUGCACUUGACCUGACUGAACUCCAGGCCUUUGGUGUGAACGAUGAUCUCCAUGCCAGGUACCUUUUGAAUGCCAAAUCGAAAGCUCCAUGUGCCCUGCAUGCCUGGGGCUCACAAACCAGAGCCUGCCCAUGUGGAUGUAGGAAGUCGGGUUUCUCAGCUGCCAGGCUUGAAACGAAAGGACUUCAUGGAUGUCUGGUGCGUAGUGCCCCUCUCCCUGAUGGCACCAUGAUCAUUCGCCAUCUGCACCCAAACGAAGCAAUGGCCCUAAACACUUUUGACCCGGUGAUUGACUUUGGUACUGAUGUACGUCUCACCCUGUCUGCAGUCGGCCAACUUGCAUGCCCGAUCCAGGCCCUUUGGGUCCUUGCUGCCGUAGGUGAGAGGAUUGACACCCUGCUGCAUGUGCCAACCUUUGCCCCUGAGUCCCAGAUUCAGGCAUACAGAUCGUGGCUUUUGAUGAGGUGUCGCCAAGUAUGGACGGUAGAAACUGACCCAAUUCAGGAUUCCAAAUUGCUUGCAAUGAUGGGCUUUUGGGAUGCAUUCAAAGAGUUGUCUCUUGCGGAACUGGUUUUUCCUAUUCGAUGGGAUGGGUUAAUUGAGGGCCCUGUUUCGAUUGCUUCUAUCCUGGACCACUUGAUCCGUGUUCAGGCUGCAAAGAUGCCACCUGUGAUUGAGCCUUCCGCCAUCCUGGAUGAGGAAGAAAUUCCUGUUUUUGAUGCUCCUUGUGUUGUGGAUGAUCCUUCCACUGCCUCAUGCAUGUGUGCUGAUUCAUGCACAGUACUGUUUGAGGGGCCUUCUGAAUUUCCGCUCAGAUUUCUUCCGAAAUGUGGCUCGACUCUUGAACAGUUUCUUUUUGCACAUGCGCAACUUGUGGGUUCUUUUGAGGUUGACGAAGUUCUGUUGAAUGGCAGAGUCAUUCCGUUGUCACAUGUCCUUGAGGUAGGCCAAUUGAUCAUUGUCAAGCUGCGCCAAACCCCAAAUGUUGCAACCGAUUCCAUUGAAGUCUCACCAACAGCCCCAUGGACACAACCAGUAGAGGACCCGAUUCAGCCAGUCACUCCACCCAGAAAGGUUUCCGUGUUUGAUGUCGGGGCUUGUCAAGUCCCUACUGAAGCUUUGCCAGAUGACCAGACUUGGCUUGAUGCCACACCGUUGCAGGGUUUGUCUGGAUCCCAAUUUCUCAAACUUUCGCUUCCGAGUAUUCAGAAUACCCAGCAAUUGUGGUCCUUGCGCCACCAGUACCUUAGGUCCCAAGAUCGCCUGGCUAUUUUGAACCAACAGGACCAAUUUUGGGCAGAUGAUGAAAUCCGGUUUCACCUGCAUGCUCUUGUGCAAUUGAAUAGGGAAACCCAGAUUAAGAAUGGCCAGGUCCCGCAGGAAGUUUGUGUCCUUGACCCUCUGAUCAUUUCGGCAUGGAUCCAAGGCAAGGGAUUUGAUUGCUCACUUUGGGCUCGUGAUCACCCUGAAAUUUUGCGACAAGGGAUCCCCAUUGCUACGGUUGCCCUGAUUGACCAUCAUUGGGUUCCUAUGUUCAUGACCCCGCUGCAUGGAGUUCUGCAUGUGCACACAUGGGAUGGAAUGAAAGCCUCGCAUGAAGGGUUGGAAGAGCUUGUUCAACAUUUGGCUGUUUCCCUCGGUUUCACCAAUGCCAUGGUUCGUAGGGAACACAGACUGUUUUUCACCUCUGACCUUUGUGGUACCCUUGCAAUUGCCUUCCUUAGAUAUGCGAUGCUGGGAUCCCAAUUGCCAUCUGACUGCACUGAAGCCACAGUCAUUCAUGCCCGCUUGAAGGAAAUGUACUUCUCUGAGGUUCAGAGGUGCCAGAUUGCCCGGCGGCCAUGGGUCUGGGGCGCGGGUGAUCCUGCCAGCUCCAGUUCAGCUGCACAGAGUGUCAAUUCUGAUUUGCAGCUUGCGAUCAAUAUCACACGUGACCAGCGCAUUGACCUGAUCAACGCAAAGGGUCUUGCCAUGGCCGAUGAUGAAAUUCGAUUUCAUGUGAUGCAGUUGGUUUCACAUCAACCAGGGUCCAAUUUGCCUGUUCCGGAUCAGCAUUUCAUUGCUAUGGAGCCCCUUAUUUUUAAUUGUUGGGACUCUAUUGGUCAAGUGAUUGCCUCGCAAUGGUGUACCCGAAACCCACAAAUUCGUUCCAAGGAACAGAAUGUUGUCACCGCAGUCGCACUGGAAAAUCAUUGGAUGCCUAUCUGGAUGGUUCCAUCUGGAAACACACUGCAGGUUCACACAUUUCAUGCUGAGGUCGAUAUUGGCCAGAUUGAAACUGUUUGCCAAUUCAUCGCAACGAAGCUGGGAUUUGAACAUUUUGCCCUUCACAGUGUCCCUUCGGGUUUGCCUGAGCAUUCUAUGUGUGGGGCUCAUGCCAUGGCAUUCAUUGCGCAUAUUAUCAUGCAGAUGCCACUGCCUGAAAGUGUUUCGGAACUCCGCACCGUCCACACUAACAUGCGGGCCUCCUUUGUGGCUCACCUGUACCAAUUGGAGUAUACCCCAAAGCCUGUUAUCUGGGGUAAUGGCACACCAUGGGAAUCCGGGCCACUCCCUAGAUUGCCCGAUGACGAUGAUGAGGAGUCUGAACUCCGUCGCAUUCGUGCACAAAGAAUCCAGAUGAUUGCAUCCCAUAGUUAUGCAAUGGGUGAUGACGAAAUCGAUUUUCACAUUUCCCAUUUGAUCGAUUGCCACCAGCAUGGACCAAGACAAGUCGGCCCCAACCGUCAUUUUGUCACGAUCCCACCUCGAAUCCUGGCUGAUUGGAUGACUGGACAGUGUGAUGAUUUUCUUGACUGGAAGAGAGAAACAUGGACUAAUGCCACGCCAGACACUCAGCUGGUGAUCGUUCUGCUUUUGCAACAACACUGGGUCCCUGUCUGGAUUGUCCAAGCUGACCAUGCAGUUCACUGCCAUACGUUCGCUGACUUUGCAGUCGAUGACGGUGAGGCUGAAAGGGUACUCCGUGCCUUGGCCCUCGAAUUGGGUUAUGCAGAUCUGGUGAUCCACCGGGUCCCACAUGGGCUUGAAGUUUCACGGUUGUGUGGCACCAUGGCCAUCAGUUUCUUUGCUCACAUCAUGCUUCGCACCCGCCUGCCUGAUGAUGUUCACCAGUUACGUUCGCGAUGCUGGGAUAUGAAAACCCUGUUUGCGGAAGCCAUUCAACGAGGUGGGGCCACCCUUCCUUCGUUGUGGGGUUGGGGACGUUCAGGGGAAUGCGGGCUACUCCCUUUAAUGCCCGUGGAUGGUCCCUUCGUGGCCAUCAUGACUGAAAGCUUUCAACCGUGCUGCCUGCCCAACAUACAUGUCCUGGAUGAACUUUGUAGGUUUGCCCCCGAUGAAGCAGGUUCAUCGUUUACUGGUAUGUCUCACCAGGAGAUGCAAUUCUACCUGUCCAAGCUCAAUGACUUUGCCCCCACUAAGGUGCGGUUUCAAGUUGUGAUUGGCCCCAAAGACUUGGCUUGCCUGAUUGACACGUGCCCACGAGGUGGAUUCGUCCUAGGUAUUGCUUACCUACAUGGUGGUCAUUGGUCUCCAGUCAUUGUUGUCCCGAAGGUUGAAGUUUGCAUGAUCCUAGCUGAGCAUGAUCACAUUGCCGAUGCCCUUCAAAAGUGUGGGCUGCAAGCCAAACUCCACCAUUUGCCCCGAAUUGAUGAGUUCUGUGGUGCAGGCGCCUUUCGCACUCUGGCAGGUGUUUUGCGCCUACCCAUCACAUUGUGGACUGACCAAGACAUGCAUUCCAUGCUCCGCCAAUGGUUUGUUUCUCGUGGACAGCCUGCCUUUGAUGACCUGCCGCUCCAAUGGGGUUUUGGCCCUCAUGGACAACUCAUGAAGAACCUUGUUUCCGAACUUUUGAAGCAUGGUAUCCCUGAUAGCGUUGAGGAGGACCGUGCCACUGCUGCCAUCAAAACCUUGGGAAGCGAGCAACUGAUCGCAGCAUUGGCCCAUCGCAACCCCUGGAAACAGCUGAAGAUGUUGGGGAAUAACUCCAAGUUUCAGUGGGUCAUGCCAAGUGAACUGUCUCAAGCCGUUGAGGCUAACAAAGGAAAAGUUGUGGGGGGAAAAGCGAAAGGCAAAGGCUCCAAGUCUGCGCCAAAGCCCACUGAACUUGAUCCCUCCAAACUGCAGGUGCUUGAGGGCAUCUUCCACUCACAAGGCACCAAUUUGGUUCAGCUGUCCAUGCAGCAGAUUGGACCCGUGAGUAGUGGUUUCAUUCUCAUGUCUCACCAUGAUGCCGAACCCUACCUUAGGUCUGGAACAACUGUCUCACGUGAACCGCUUGCAUUGUUGGUGUUGCACAAGCCUGGCGUUGAUGUCCAGACGUCAUUGCCGCACACUCCAUUGACCAUCCCAUGCAGAUGUACGCUGAACAAUGAACCCAUUUUGGUUGAUGCAGUGCUUGUUCAGGUUGGUAGUGGGCUUGUUGAGAAAACCAAUGGCACAGCACUGGUCUCAGUUGACACCCCUGACGUUGUCACCAUCAAGAUCAUGGUCUACAAAGAUGAGCUGAAAAUUGAUUGGGCCGACUUCACUGCUGCCCCGAUCAGAUGCCUUGUUUCACUCUUGCCUAAGUUGAAACGCUGUUUUGUCGAUGAUUGCAAAUGUCAAGCUUGGCACAACACUGAGCAAUUGCCGUUGCGUGACCCCAUUUUGGAUGUCUGGCGCCGCCAGUUCCUUCGGCAGGGGUUCAAACCAUGCCCCUCAGCCCAUGCUGAGUUUUUCUCGGUGUGUGUCAGGGUCCCUGCUUGCCUUCUUGAUGCCAUGCUUGCAGCCAGCGGCACAUCCGGUGCCUAUUGUGAACCAAGAACUGCCGACGGAAAAGACAUCCUCCCUGAUUACACAGUAGUUUGGUCCACAAAGCAUUCUGUGCAGGAGCUGCAACACAUUAUGCAGACCAAUCCAGCAGUGCACGGCCUUGCCAGGUUAGGUGAUCGAAAAGGGCUUAGAGUCCAUACCAGCCAAGCUAAGGCCAUUCAUAAGUUGGUUCGACCGGAGUCGGUGUUCCUGCCAAAUGGACCUAAGAUCAACUUUCUGGUCGGUCCGUUUCCUUAUGGAGCUGACAGACAGGCAGUGGGAAAGAUCUUGCACAAGGCGGGCUGGGAAUGCAGGCCGCUUCAGCCCUCAGUGCCCUGCCCCGGCCGUGGUUCCAUGUGGUUAGUUCAAGCCAUCGAAGACCCUGAGCAAACGAUCAUCUCCACCACCUCCGGGGAGAUUGUGGUAACCAGGCAAAAACAAGAUGCAGUUUCACCUACCCAGCAGCCCACCACCGUUGGGUCUGCUGCCACUCUGGCUUUAUGUGGGGCCUCCCAAGGUGCUGCCGGUCCGGACCCCGAUCCGUGGGCUGUUCAUGAUCCAUGGAGGAAAUACCAGCCUGCCCAGGGGAUUGCCCCUGCGACCGGUCCUACUGAAGGCAUGAUUCAAAUUGAGGAGCGAAUACAAACAGCUGUCCUCGCCAAAAUGCAACCGCCAAUGGAGCAUGAUCUGCCUGACAGAGUUCACGCCCUGGAAGACCAGGUUCACCAACUCCUCUCCAAGCAACAUGGGCUGGAGAACCAAUUUCAGGAGUUUGGUGGGCACCAUUCCCAACAGAUCAAUGCCCUCCAGGGCCAAGUGACUGCACAGGCACAACAGUUGCAUGGGCACCUGGAGAACCAAAACCAGACCAUGCAAUCGCUCUUUGAGCAACAGAUGCAACAGAUCAGAGGAUUGCUUGCAAAGCGGCCCCGGGAAGAAGGGUACUUUGUAGGUGGACACCCUGUUCCCGCUCAGAACAACCGUGUUUUUCAUGCUGCAUGGCGUGGAGUGGGGGUGCUCUCUAAGUUUCCCACGCGUGAAGUGCCCACACAAAUCCCUGCUGAACUUUGUGCCUCCUCCAGGUUGCUGAUCACAACCACGUUGGUACAUGACUGUUGGGUGACAGGUGGGACAGUCUAUGGUGAGCCCGAGAGCAGUUCAUACCCUCAGGCCAAGCAGAAUAAUGAAAGUUUGCUCCACCAUGUUGCAGGCCAUGUUUGCCAUUUGUCCAAGGGGCCGCGCUAUGUGGCUGGGGAUUGGAAUAUUCUGCAGAAUUCCACCCCCGCCUUUGACAUCCUUGAGAAUGCAGGUUUUCGCGAUCUUCAAGACCUUGCCUGUGAUCUUUGGGGCCAACCCAUAAUUAACACCUGUAAGAAUGCCACUAGGAAGGAUUUUUGCUACGUUUCACGAGAACUCCAAUUUUUGCUUCAUAAGGUGGUCAUUCAGCAAGAUGUUUUCCCUGAUCAUGCCGUGAUUUGGGGUGAGUUCCGACCCCUUAGUCAGGUACUGCCACGCCAAGUUUGGAUUUCUCCGAGUGCAUUCCCAUGGCCCAAGCAUUGGGAAGUUGAUCAUCAGUUUUGGAAUAACAAGACCAUUGACUGUGACGAAAGGUACCGGCUUCUUUGGCAACAUAUUGAACAACAAGCAUGCUCCGCCUUGCCUUUUCCAGUUGCUAAGAAUGCUACAGGCCGAGCCGCCACCACUGAAGUUCGACGGGUGACAGACGGCAAGAUCUCACCCCCCAAAAAGGGCAGAACCAAUGAUGUCAAACCGCAUUAUGUGUGUGCAACGUUUCGACAUGCGCAAUGGCUUAGGCAGUUGAGACGUCUCCAAGCUUAUGUCCGUCAUGUCAGUGCACAAGACCCACACACUCCCCAUGCCAAACAAGUUUGGGGUGCGAUCUUGAGGGCCACAGGGUUUUUACCCUCUUUUCAGGUUUGGUGGGACCAAUGCCCAUUCCGCAUGCAUGGUGCUCCUGAGAUCCUGCCUGUUGUCCCGCCGGAAGCUGGUUUAGCCCUUUUGGUUUUCGAAUCAUUUGCCCUGGCCUUUCGAUCUUUUGAGCAGGAGCUGCAAAGUGCCUCACGUCAGUAUGCCAGACAGAGCCGGGAGCAAAAUCCAAAUGCCAUCUUUCGGGACCUCCGAGCUGCUCAUGCAAAAGGGGUUGAAGCAUUGGUUAAGCCAGUCACUGCCAAGGUCAUUGAACUCCGGCCUGAGGAGUGCAUGUUAGUGUUGGAUAAGCCAGUUUCCUUUGGUGCUCACCUGCCGGUGAAUAUUGAUGGGGUCUCUACAGACCUCAUCCAUGCCGAGGCUGAUGCAAUUUGGGUUGAACCCCCUGAACCUGUCUGUGUUGGCUCCAAUGUUUCACAAAUCCAAUGCCGGGGCACUGAUGACGAGCUUUUUACGCUCUUUAUUGAUGCUUGGCGACAGAUGUGGGGACGACACCAGCAAGUUCCCCCAUCCCGUUGGGAUACCAUCCUGCAGUUUGCUCGGGCACAUUUGCAGUUUCAGCCGUUAGCGUGGCCUGCCAUUGAUGUCCAUGCCCUCCAGGGGUGUAUUGCCCAAAAGCACAAUGCCACCACUGCUGGCCUUGAUGGUGUCACUCUUGCAGACCUUCGAGCAUUGCCCAGGAAUGCUCUUUCCAAUUUCGUUGACCUUUUCCUUUUUGCUGAAAGAACCGGGUGCUGGCCCCAGCAAAUGCUUGCCGGUAGAGUGACCUGUAUUCCCAAAAAGGAGUCGCCGGAGGGGGCCCUCGAUUUCCGGCCGAUUACGGUCAUUGGCCUAUUGUAUCGCCGCUGGAGCACGUUUCAGGCUCGUCAUGCAAUUCGAGCCAUUGAAUCAGUUCUGCCGGUUGGGCUCUUUGGUAGCCGACCCAAUUGCUAUGCAGGGCAGGUUUGGAGCCAGUUGUUGUUUGCCAUUGAAUUAGCAUAUGAACAGGGAACCCCCCUUUGCGGUGUCAUUGCUGACAUACAAAAGGCAUUCAAUUUCUUGCCUCGUGCUGUUGUCAUGGAAUCCUGCGCCCUUCUCGGUAUUCCCUUUGAUGUCUUGAGGGGUUGGUCAGGUGCCCUUGCCGCCAUGCCCCGUAGGUUCCAAAUCAACGGCAGCCUCAGUGCCCCUGCCUAUAGCACAUGUGGCCUCCCUGAGGGGUGCGCGUUGAGCUGUUUGGGGAUGAUGGUUAUCGACAUUUUGUUUCACAAAUGGAUGACCCACUUCUUUCCCAUGUGUCAGCCUGUGUCCUACGUGGAUGACUGGCAGGUUUUAGUUACUGACCCCCAGCGACUGCAACCUGUCUUCAACUGUCUGGAAGAGUUUACCCGUGCCCUGGAUCUCCUUGUAAAGAAAACCCACACUUGGUCCAUUUCAGCUGAGGGAAGGAAAUGCCUUCGUGCCCAGGGUCUUGUCCUUGUGUCUUUUGAUCGUAACUUAGGAGCCCAUGUCCAGUUUUCACGGCAACAUACCAAUCGACAUUUGCUUGACCGGGUGACGGCAGCGGGACCCCUUUGGCAGAAGCUCAGGUUGUCGACCUGCGCCUACACCCAGAAAAUUCGGGCCCUCAAAACGGCCGCAUGGCCUAGAUGUCUGCAUGCUGUGGCUGCAACCACUGUUAGCAAUGCUACUUUCACUAGUUUGCGUGCCAAUGCCAUGAAAGGGUUGCGGGCCGACAGCGCAGGUGCAAACUCCAUGGUUCAUUUAGGUUUGAUUGAGGCACCCACAGUGGAUCCACAAGUUUGGGCCUUAACACAGACGUUUCGGCUAGUGAGGGAUUGCGGUACCCAAGCUCGAGUUCAACAAGUGCUUGCAGAGUUGGUGGCUGACCAGAUUGAACUCCCUUCCAAUAGCAUUACCAACACUUUGUUGAAGCGUAUCCAAACACUUGGGUGGAAUAUUGAUUGUGAGGGCCGCCUUGUUGACAUGCUCGGCCCGUUUUCACUGUUUCAGGUGUCAUCUGCAGAACUCCAAUAUCGUGUUGGGAUGCAAUGGCUAUGUGUGGUGCAAGAUGCAACCGUUCACCGUAGCUGUUUUCAGGGCCUAGGCAUGACUGACCCGGAGGACACGCGACAUUGGCUCCAGCAGUUGUCUGUUGCUGACCGUGCCCUCUUCAGGAAGUUGUUGAACGGCACCCACAUAACGCAAGACGGCAAACACUACUGCCAGGAAGUAGAUACAGAUGUUUGUCCCUUUUGCCUUUGCAGUGAUAGUCGUUUUCACAGGUUCUGGCAGUGUGAGAGGUUCUCCCACUUGCGCAACAAACUGCCGCCAGCUGUUUUGGAUGCUGCACUUGAGCUCCCCAAUGCCUUGAUUUGCUCAGGCUGGUCUAUGGCUCCCACCACCUUGCAUGACUGGAACCAGUACUUUGCCCAACUGCCUGAUAUACCCGUUUCACAGUGCCAUUUUACUGGAGUGGUUCAUUUGUUUACGGAUGGUAGUUGUCAUGGCCAACAUAAUGCUAAGCUUAGGUUUGCGGGAUGGGCGGUUGUUUUCGCCUCAGCUCACUCUGUACAUGAUUGUGCCCAUAGCCACAUCGCUGCUGCUGGGGUUUUACCAGGUCUUUUGCAAAGUGCUAUACGUGCUGAAAUCUAUGCAGUGUUGAAAGCGAUACAGAUUGCUCAGGACCACCCGGGCCUUGUCAUGUUGUGGUCUGAUUGUGACGCGGUUGUUCGCCGCGUUCGACGGAUGUUGCAAGGCAAUCGUGUCAAACCCAAUUCGUCUCACUCUGACUUGUGGCAAGAGGUCCAGAACAGUUUGCUAGCCCGAAGAGGUGACACCCAGAUCACAAGGGUGGCUGCGCAUCAAUCAGAACACCAGGGUAGUUCUGUAUUUGACGAAUGGUGUUUUCGGCAUAAUGCCCUGGCAGACCGCCAGGCAGUGCAGGCUAACCUGACCAGGCCACCGCAGUUUUGGCAGUUGUAUCACCGACAUGCGCUUGCAGUUGACACCGUGGCUUGGUAUAACCGUGAAGUUCAGAAUUUUCUUCUGGCAGUUAGCAAAGAGGUUGUCCGGAAUGAUGAACCGGCAUUCAUUGAGGUUGCUGCUGACCCCUUGGAGCUGGCGCCGCCAAGUUCACCAUGGCGCCCACUGCCGGCAUUACAUAUCCCUUCAGGGGCUGUACGAUGGUAUGGCGACAGCCUUGUCAGACUCCUUUUGAGUUGGUUCUGGCAAGUUGUGGAUGGCAGUUCAGUUCCUCUAUGCUGGGUUUCACAUUUUCAAUUGUAUAUUGAUUUUAUGUGUUCUACGGGACACCCUGGACCGUUUCACCUGCAGAAAUGGUGCGAUGGCUCAGAACUGCCCUUUGUGCAACUUCGAGGGUUCGCAUUCCGUCAACGAUCCCGAUGGUUUGCCAAAGUGCUCAAACAGUCAUUGAAACAUGCUGGAGUCACAUUGGAAGCAACGUAUGGGCGCCCUUGCUCCCACAUUAUUCAGAUGUUCACUGGCUGCCUUGGCCUCCCUUGGCCCCGUGACAGGCUUGAGCAGGUUGACCAUUGGAUGCUGGCUCAUUGCGGUUCAACAUUGAAAAGGCAAACCAAGGUUAUUGACAGCCUGCCCUUCGCAGCACGGUCCUCUAUGUUUCCACCUACGUACGUGACCACUAUCGGUCCUUGA